AUGGAACGCGGAGGCUUCCAUGGCUACCAAAAGUUCUCCCUCAACAACUCCACUCCUUCUGAACCAGCGAAGUUUUUGAUGGCAGAGGGCAGCAUGCAUCUCACAGAAUUCAACCAGCCUAGCAAAACCGCUAAUGGCGGCGAAGAGGAGUGCACGGUGAGAGAGCAAGACAGGUUCAUGCCUAUUGCCAACGUGAUUCGGAUCAUGCGGAGGAUCUUGCCUGCUCACGCCAAGAUUUCAGACGACUCCAAGGAGACGAUCCAAGAGUGUGUCUCGGAGUACAUCAGCUUCAUAACAGGGGAGGCCAACGAGCGUUGCCAGCGGGAACAGCGCAAGACCAUCACUGCUGAGGAUGUCUUGUGGGCAAUGAGCAAGCUUGGUUUUGAUGAUUACAUCGAGCCACUCACAUUGUACCUCCACCGCUACAGAGAGUUGGAAGGUGACAGAGGGGUUAGCUGCGGUGCUGGAUCGGUUAGUAUGACCAGCAGCUUGGUGGUCAAGAGGCCUAAUGGUACCAUGGCCGAGUAUGGAGCCUACGGGGCUGUGCCAGGGAUUCACAUGGCGCAGUACCAUUAUCGUCAUCAGAACGGGUUUGUUUUCAGUGGGAACGAACCUAAUUCUAAAAUGGGUGGUUCAUCAUCGGCAACAAGUGGCGCCAGAGUUGAAGUAUUUCCUACUCAGCAACAUAAGUACUGA